UUAAAAAAUUAGGGAAAUUUCACGCCAAAUCUCUAGGUACCGUUGCAAUAAACCCAACCCUUUAGUACACUUGAGAGAAACACAGAGCAAACGAAGCAGAAGAAUGGAACCAGAAGAUCAAACCCUAGCGCCAAAAACUCAAGAAGAAGAAGACACAGACACGGCUAUGGCGGAUACUAAUGAAAACCCAGAAGCAAUAGAGCCGGAGUCUCCAGACUCAAGUGACUUGAACUCAGACUUAGAAUAUGAAGCACAGCAAAAAUUUGAGCUUCAAGACAUCGAGGCCUUGCUUGCCAAUGAACCCUCCAACUAUGAAGUUCAUGUUCAAUAUAUAAGGGUUUUGAGGAAGAUGGGUGAGAUUGAGAAGCUGAGACAAGCAAGAGAAGCUAUGAAUGAGAUUUUUCCAUUGACUCUUGUUAUGUGGCAAGAGUGGGCUUGAGAUGAAGCUUCUAUUUCAAUGGGCUUGCUUGCCCGCAUAAGAAAAGUGUUAAUGGAAGGAGAAAAACAGAUUCAAACAUGACUGACGAACAGUCUCCAGCUAAGCAGCAGAAAAAUACUGUCUAAAACCCAAACAAAGUGCAUGGGAAAGAAAAGGGACGAGUACAGAACUUAGCUGAAGAAAACAAAGUAGAAGAAGCAAAACCCAAGUUUGAAGAGCAUCCAAAUGACCAACACAUCAAAGACUUCACCAUUGGAAGAGCCAAAGUAUACACUGAUAAGUGUACUGCAUUUUUAUCAAACCUUAACUUUAGGCCAAGUAGAGAUUCUCUCGCACUUCAGAGAGAGAUUGCAUUUUAUUCUUUUU